CCUCUCCUCUGACACCAGCACUCUGCUUUCUUUCCUCCACUGCAGUGAAACUCCACCAGGUCGUGACAGCCAUGUCGGCGGUGUGUCUGAGGCUUCUGUUGCUCCUCCCCCUGGCUUUCUGUGUCCCCUCCCCCUCCAGACCUCCAUCCAGACUCUGCAGGCGAUGCUGCGACAACCUGGAGCCGCCGGCCACCUCGACCCAGUAUCAGAUGCCCGAGGUCCACACUGUCAUCAACAUGACCAUCCUCAAAGGUGAUAAAGGAGACAGAGGCGACAAGGGCACACCUGGUAAGCCCGGUUUAGAGGGACCCUCCGGCCACCGAGGACUCGUGGGCCCUAAAGGAACCAAAGGUCAGGCCGGUUCCCCCGGAGACGCCUGCAAGACCCCCCACUCCUCCUUCUCCGUGGGCCGGCGUAAGGCUCUGCACAGCGUGGACUACUACCAGUCGCUGGUGUUCGACACGGUGUUCGUCAACCUCCAAGAGCACUUCAACAUGUUCAAGGGCAAGUUCUACUGCUACGUGCCGGGGAUCUACUUCUUCAACGUGAACAUCCACACCUGGAACUUCAAGGAGACCUACCUGCACCUGAUGCACAACGACAAGGAGCAGGUGAUCCUGUACGCCCAGCCCAGCGAGCGCUCCAUCAUGCAGAGCCAGAGCGUCAUGAUGGACCUGGCCCUGAACGACGAGGUCUGGGUCCGGCUCUACAAGAGGGAGCGGGAGAACGCCGUCUACAGCGACGACGUGGAUGUCUACAUCACCUUCAACGGGUACCUGCUGGCGCCGAGCAUCCAGUGAGGGCGGGACGGAGGAUUAUCUGGUCUUUUUGCCAAGACAGGAGAACUUAAACAGACGACGUUACAUCAGUUUGGUGCUUAUUAAAAACCCCUUAGCAGCCUGGAGAGGAACACACUGUUCUUUCUUUGAAUGAGGAACGCCCAAAAUAACCAAAAGGACCGGUUUAAAGAGGCAGGAAGCACAGCACACCAUUAGGAAGAAUGAUGCCUGACAUUGUUCCUACUUCUGUGCUCUGCUGUGUCUCAACUCCUUUCAGGGACUUUGUGUACAAACACAAGUUGUAUCAGGAAUCCUACAUCCGUGCAAUCAGUAAUGCAUUUGUGCAUAAACAGAGGGUUUCUGUCAGAUUCUAAAAUGUUCAGACGGACUGCUGUCAUUCAUUUGACGAAUGUUUCCUUGGUGCCUUUUAGUAGAACGCUUAGCUUUAAAGGGUUAGUUCACCUGAAUUACAAAAACACAUUGUCCCACUUACCCAUCAUGAUAAUAAGUAAUGACCAAUAAAGUUUGAGCAAGCUUGACCAAAAGCUUCAUGUGUUAAAGCUGCAUUCUCUCUGCUGUCCACCAGGGGGCGACUCCUCUGGUUGUAUAGAAGUCUAUGAGAAAAUGACUCUACUUCUCUCUUGAUUUAUUCCCUCAGUAAACAUUGUAAACAUGAGUUUAUGGUCUCAAUCUCUAGUUUCAAGUCUUCUUCAAUACAGCAUGAUGUUCAUUUAGUAAAUGAUGCUCCAUUUAGAGUCAAACAGACCAUAAAGCAGGG